AUGGCCGCGCGCCCCGGCUCGCUCUGGCUGCUGGGCCUGGCGCUGUGCGCGCUGAGCGGCGGCGGCCCCGGCCCGCGCCCCGCGCCCGGCUGCCCGCAGCGCUGCCUGGGCCCGCGCGAGCGCCGCGACCUGCAGCGCGAGAUCCUGGCGGUGCUCGGGCUGCCCGGGCGGCCCCGGCCCCGCGCGCCGCCCGCCGCCGCCCGGCUGCCCGCGUCCGCGCCGCUCUUCAUGCUGGACCUGUACCGCGCCGUGGCCGGCGGCGACGACGCCGAGGACGGCGGGACCCCCGAGCGGCGCCUGGGCCGCGCCGACCUGGUCAUGAGCUUCGUCAACAUGGUGGAGCGCGACCACGCCCUGGGCCACCAGGAGCCCCACUGGAAGGAGUUCCGCUUUGACCUGACCCAGAUCCCGGCGGGGGAGGCCGUCACAGCCGCGGAGUUCCGGAUUUACAAGCUGCCCAGCACCCACCCACUCAACCAGACCCUCCACGUCAGCAUGUUCCAGGUGGUCCCAGAGCAGUCCAACAGGGAGUCUGACUUGUUCUUUUUGGAUCUUCAGACGCUCCGGUCUGGGGACGAGGGCUGGCUGGUGUUGGACGUGACAGCAGCCAGUGACCGCUGGCUCUUGAGCCGUAGCAAGGACCUGGGACUCCGCCUCUCUGUGGAAACAGAUGAUGGGCGCAGCGUGGAUCCUGGCCUGGCCGGCCUGCUGGGGCGACAGGCGCCACACUCCAGACAGCCUUUCGUGGUCACCUUUUUCAGGGCGCGCCCCGGCCCCAUCCGAGCCCCUCGGGCGGUGAGGCCCCUGAAGAGGAGGCCGCCGGAAAGAACCCACAAGCUGCCGCCCCCGAACAAGCUGCCGGGGAUCUUCGACGACGUCCAUGGCUCCCACGGCCGGCAGGUGUGCCGUCGGCACGAGCUCUAUGUCAGCUUCCAGGACCUGGGCUGGCUGGACUGGGUCAUCGCCCCCCAAGGCUACUCAGCCUAUUACUGUGACGGGGAGUGCUCCUUCCCGCUGGACUCCUGCAUGAACGCCACCAACCACGCCAUCCUGCAGUCCCUGGCGCACCUGAUGAAGCCGGACGCCGUCCCCAAGGCGUGCUGCGCGCCCACCAAGCUGAGCGCCACCUCCGUGCUCUACUACGACAGCAGCAAUAACGUCAUCCUGCGCAAGCACCGCAACAUGGUGGUCCGGGCCUGCGGCUGCCACUGAGACCCCGCCCCGCCGGCCGCGCCGCCCCCGCCGGCUCAGGACCUGUCCUUGGCCAUCCCUCACCGACUGUGUUGGACACGGGGCAGCCUGAGAGCACCUGGAGCCUGAGGCUGGCAGAUGGACUUCGCCCCACUCAGCACGUGUCUGGGUGUGGGCAGCAGGGCUCUGCCCCUUCCCAGCACAACACUGGGUGUUUCUGGGGCACAGUCAGACAAGCACAUGCUCUGGGUACGGUGUAUUCGUGGAUCCUAACUUGGCCUAUGGGCAGUUAGCACAUUAGAAAAGGAACUAUGGGUCUCUUGCUUAAGGCUGAAACGGUUGGGGACAUCUUCCCUCUCUGGACCUGCCCUCCUCCUGCCUGGGGAAGAGGUAUGACCCCCAGAGAAGCAAGGAACCUUGAGGGCUUCCAGGUCCCUCCACCUCUCCACGUGGCGCUUCGCACUGAGACAAAGUGGAGUCUUAGCAGAAGCAAGGACGUGGCUGCAGUGGAUGGCCCAGGCUGGCAGACAGCCCAGAUGCCACCCCUGCCUAUCCCCUUGCCCAUGGCCAUCAGUCCCGAACACGGGCGCUUCUUCCACUGACCCUGGACAUGGCCUCAAGGCCAUCAGCACGCAACUCCAGGCAGCCAGCAGCCAUUCAGAGUCCAGUGCACUGCUUUCCCCUCCUGCCAUGCCAAGGAGCGGUCCACUGCACCAGGCGUGGGGCGAGGGUGGGCACUUCGUCUGCUGGCAUCCAGGAGGUUAAGAGCAGGCUGGUCACCCAAGUCUGUGUCACUCUGCGUGCCCAGGAGCCCCUUCCUGUUUCUUGAGGCCUGUGAGCCAAAGAAAAGGCCCCUGUCCCAAGGGAGAGACAGACAGGUAGCAAUUAGACCGAGCUGGGUGGGGAGGUUCCCGGAAACCACUGUGCUCCUUGGAGCGGCCACUGGCAGUUGGAGUGUUUAUUUGAUUUCUGACUUGGUAAGCCUGUAAUUUACCUGGUGGAGCAGACAGAGUCCAGCUGCCUGAACCCUGAAAUACUGUGUCAUUAAAAGCAGAUCCUGGGCCCACCCCUACCCACAGGCACAGCCCAGGACGUGCAUCCCUGGAAUUCGCUCUGCGCCCUGAGGAGGGGCUCCAGGAGCACAGGUCUGGCAGCAGGGGUGGAGGCUGGAGCCUUGCUGCGGGACAGCUGCCCCUCCGCCUGGGCCUGGGAGGGACUCUGGGAGCCAGUGCACAGGAAGAUACCCUCCCCGUGAGCUUGGGGCUUUGAGCUCAGGCUGACAGUGAGUGGACCAAGUACCUGCCCAAAUGUCAGGAGACCUGUAUUCUGGCUCCAGUUCAGCCACUGACCUGCCUUAUAUCUGGGCAAAUGCCCUUCCUGAUUCAGGCUUGUGUCCCGUCUUUGACAUGAAGACAUACAUAGGACUCUCACAUCUCCAAAAGGCCCGAGAAUGCGCCUGCCACUCUGGCCCUCUCCUCUCACAGAGCCAAGACACAGCCUAAGUGUCCAGCUGUCCUAGGACUCGAAACCUGCCUGUUGCAAGGCCCUAAUUCAGAGCUCUCUCCUCCCAACUUCAAGGACAGCGGAGGCUUGGAAACCUUUGACAAAUGUCCGUUAGGUUUCUUCAGUGCCUAAGCACAUAGCCAGGCAUGGUUUGGGGCGCCAGGAAAGUUUGUGAAGUGGAUGUUUUGAAGAUGUAGCCUGCCCUGCCCAUCGGAGGUGCAGAACAUAAGGAACACACGGAUUGUGAAACGACUCCCUUUUCGUGCAAUAAAGCCAAAAGGGCAGCGUCGUGGCCUUCCUGACACUUCUAGCACCUUUAGCCAUCCAGGUGGCCACCAAAUGAAUGCAAACAGAAAAGGCUUUAGAGAAGGGAGAUAAGGACAGAAAGCUGGUGUUUAUCUGGCUGCCCUUGGCAGUCCGGGUCACAGUCAAGGCUGCACAUGAGAAGCAUAAAUAAGGGCGGUCACCUCAGGUCCACUGGCCGCACAGCACACACUGACGGGGAGGGCAGGUGCAGAGGAACAGCAGCCCCCGGGGCCACGCCGUGGGGGGCACACUGCUCUGUCUGCCUUACCCCAGUGCACGUCUUCACAACCGCAGCGUGAUCCCGGCCCAGAUGCCAGCUCACUGCGUGAAGCCCUAUUCUUGUGUGUCUCUAUGUAGGGAAGUGGGUGACAUGCGUCAAGAAAUUCCCUAUAAUUUCAUAGGACAGGAGGCUGUGACAGGAGUGGGUGGGUUCUGUAGCCAGCACACCUGCUGGCAACAAGUCCUGGCUUUGCCUCUUGUUGAUCUGACCAUGCUGUGUAUUUGGGAGCUGGCUCCUUCCUCUAUAGAACGAGCUACUGGUUCUGCCCUGGCAAGGCGAGCGUGGGGGUCGGGUCUGUCUGGAGCACUUGGCAUGGUGUCUGCACACGUGUGCUGAAUGAAUGGCAUUUUUAGUGGCCUUAUUUUAAGUGAAUUUGCAAAUUUGGGCCUCUCAUGUGUGUGCCUUCCUAUUAAAAACUGUUCCUCCCAGGAUGUGCCCUUGGAGGUGCUGCUGUAUUUAUUUCAAAGCUGUGCUUUUCCUAAAAAAUAAAAACUUGGUGAUCUCCUGGGAUGAGGUCUGGACUUGUACCCUCCCCUCCGUGUGGAGGGGUCCGGCCGGCAGGGAGCACGAGGCGGCACUGCGCCCCGCCCCUCCCACGGCCCUGCUCGUGAGGGCCCCCAGGGAAGUUUCCGGGGUUUCUCUUCUUACUGGGAAGACGUGAGCAAAUAUUUGGCCCUCUUUUUUUUUUUUUUUUUUGGCCCUCUUUUAAUAAAAACAAAAACGUUUUUCUCACUUAAAAUAUUACACGUUUGUCGGGGACACCCUUGAAAGUAAAAAACAGAAUACAGACACACAAUCUCACCACGUGGAGACAACCAUUGUUAAUAAUUCCUUCCCGUCUUCUUCCCUUGGCACAUAGCUAUCUGUCUUUUUACAGAAUAUAUGGGUAUUUUACAAAGUUAGGAUCGUGCCCUGUGCACUGCUUGGUGAUCUGAAUUAUUCAGUCAAUGACGUAUUUUGAACAUUUCUGUUA